AGCAAGAUGGGUCACCAGCAGCUCCCCUGGAGUCACCCCCGAAAGUUGGGCCAGGGAUCUCGCUCUAGCCGAGCCUGCUCUAACCGCCACGGUCUGAUCCGGAAGUACGGGCUCAACAUGUGCCGGCAGUGUUUCCGCCAGUAUGCCAAGGACAUCGGAUUCAUUAAGUUGGACUAAUGGAUCUUUGAAUGGAUUAUCCAAGACAUCAAGCCCAAUGAAAGACCAUAUUUGUACAUGAAAUAAAAACUAAGGAAACCUUCAAC